AACAUUGAUCAAUCAGACGCCAAGACAAGACCGUCACAUGCCCGGGCUCAGUAGUCAGCUGACUGUGAACAAAGACAGUAGAAGCUGUGUGAUAUAAACCAAGUCCUGCACAGCAGCGCUCAGACCUACACCCGAGAUUCAAAUCCACCCCGCACAACCAGAGGGAUUUCAGACAGCUCCACCAUGCUGUGCCUUGUUCUGUUUUUCGUCUCCGCAGCCGUCUCCACCCCUCUGUUGGGUACAGAACAGUGUGCCCGUGGUCCUCCCUACUGGUGUCAUAAUGUGAAGACUGCCUCCAUCUGUGGUGCCGUAGUCCACUGCCAGCAGAACGUAUGGAACCAACCCCAGAUGAAAGCCAUACCGUGUGACCUGUGUAAGGGGGUGCUGAUUGCGGUGGACCAGCUGCUACUGAACAAUGCUACUCAGGGUGAGAUCCUAGGCGUCCUGGAGAAGGUCUGUCACCUGAUCCCUGUCAAGAGCCUGGCUGCAGAGUGUGAAGAGACGGUGGACACCUACUACCCUACCCUCAUUAGUAUCAUCGCUGGAGAGCUGGAGAACCCCCAGGUGGUGUGUGGCGCCAUAGGUCUGUGUGACUCCCAGCAGGCAGCUCUGGCCAGUCUCCAGUCUCAGAUCCCACAGCUCACGUCCAAUGAGAUUCCUCAGGAAGACCUGGCCCAGAGGGUCGACCCCUUCCUCCUCAACAUCCCUGGUCUCCUCUACCCCCAGGCCCAGGAGAACGCCAAGCAAGAGGUUCCUAAACAGGAGACUGGAGACUUGUGUGAGGACUGUGUGAAGUUCAUCACAGACUUCCAGGACGAGGCGAAGAGCAACACUACCUUCGUCAACUCUCUGAUCGAACGGAUCCAGAGCCAGUGUGACCUGCUGGGGCCUGGAAUCUCUGACCUGUGCAAGCAGUAUAUCAACCAGUACGCUCCUCUCAUCGCCCUGCAGCUCAUGUCCAUGGAACAGCAACCUAAGGAUAUCUGUUCCCGCGCCGACUUCUGCUCUGCAGAGGUGAAGAGCUCUGUCCCCAUGAUGAACCUGGUGGCUGCCAAGGCCAUCCCUGCUGUCAAACUGGUCCCUGCCACUAAGAUGGAGGCUGUCAAGCCCACCAAGAACAUGGUGCGUGCCCGUGGCUCCCCUCAAUGUAUCGCAUGUGAGUUCAUUAUGAAGGAGGUGGAGAGCAUGCUGGGGGAUGAGAAGACUGAGCAAGAUGUGGUGCGUGUGUUGGAGAAGGUGUGCUCUGUGCUGCCGUCCUCCCUGUCAGCCCAGUGUAAGGAUCUGAUUGAGUCCUACGGCCGGGCCAUCAUUGAGCUGCUGCUACAGGAGGCCGACCCCAAGACUAUCUGCACCGUGCUGGGGCUCUGCAAGGACGCCAGCCGUGCCUUCAUCCCGGUGUUGGACCAGUCCCAGGUCGAGGCGGGUGGCUUCUGUGACGUGUGCAAGAUGGCUGUGCGUUACAUCGACGGGAUCCUGGAAGGGAACGCCACACAGGCUCAGAUUGAAGACGCAGUCAGGAAAGUCUGUAGCUUUGUCCCGGAGGCCGUCAGGGGCGAGUGUGACCAGCUGGUUGAGCAGUAUGAGCCCAUGCUGGUUCAGCUCCUGCUGCAGGUGUUGGACCCUGACUUUGUCUGCAUGAAGGUGGGAUUGUGUCCCGAGGCAGUGCAAAGUCUUCUGGGUAUGGACCAGUGUAGCUGGGGACCUGCCUUCUGGUGCAAGAACAUGGACUCUGCAAAACGCUGCAACGCGGUGGCACACUGCAGGCGUCACGUGUGGUAAUGGAAGAACGGAUAAAGACCAACCUACACAAUCUAAACCUUUCAGGAGAAAUACUGUUGCACUGCUGUUUUUUUUAAUCAAUAAAUGUGUCCUGUUUUUCUUAAACAUGUGGAAUAGGUUUUUGCAGUUGUCAAUAUAAAUUUACCAGGCAGUUUGGACUGGAAACCUUUUUUUCUGCCAGAAGUUAGUUUCUUUAUUUGGGGGUAGGAGAAGCAGUGUUUGGGUUGUAGAGUGAAUCUAUCAGACUGUUUUUAGUUACUGGGACAACCCUCAAAACAGAUCUAUAGUUGUACUGCUUAUUGAAUGUACAUGGGUGUGGUUUGUCUACAGCUCUCUUUAGAUAAAUGAUUUUACAUGUCACACACGGUCGCUUACUUGACACGCCUGGUUUCCCGGACAUACGGUAGGUUAAACCUAGUCCUGAACUAAAAUAUAAUGCUUCUUAGUCCAAGACUAGUUUUAAUCUCUGCCCAUGAAACUGGCCCAUUAAGUAUGUGACGCAGACAGGUGGGUAACUGGAUACUACUGUCUGUGAAAGAACAGUGGUCUGAGAAAUAUUGAAUCUCAAGGGGUCCUUUCAAUGUCCUCCCUUGCAGUGACUGCAACUGGGAGAACUUUCUUGGACAGUGUAUCUAGCAUACCUUCCUGGGAUAUUUUCUGUUUUAAUUGAGUCUCUCCUAAUGCAAGUUCAUCUCUAUUUUGUAGAAACAGUUGAAUUGUGUUUUAAAUUCUUUUGUAAGUUUAUUUUUUUAUUCAUGAGCUGAUGUGAGGAGAAUAAAGAUUGGGUGUGUCGUAUUCCCUAAUCUAGUGCGCUACUUUUCAACAGGAGCCCAUUGGGGGUCAAAAGUAGUUUCCACUGUAGGACCAAUAGAAUGGUCUACUCUAAAUGUUGAGCCAUGCCCUGAUGCCCUGGGUGAGAGAACGAAUGCAUCCCAUAUGGGACCAUAUUCCCUACAUAGUGCAUUACUUUUGACUUAAACACCCACGGGCCCUGGUGAAAAGUAGUGCGCUACAUAGGGAAAAUGGUGCCAUUUGGGACUCAGCUUUCUAAUGGCAUGUUUGUGCCCCUUUUUUAUAACCUCUGCUUGCAAUUUCCUUCUCAGCUAAUGCUCUUUUCACCCUGUUUAUGUGAAGUAAUGUGUUAUGAAGGAAAUGUAAACUAACGGUAUCUAGCCUCAAUGUGGUUAAAACUCAAUUUUAAUAUCAUGGAUGGUCAGACCCUCCAGCUUUUUACUGAAAGUGAUGGGGCAAGUUAAUUAAAAAAAAAAAAAAGUUACCCCCAUUGUUUUAAUCUGCUUUGUUGCUUUAUUGAUCACAAAAAGCUCUUCAUCUUUAAUCAGUCUACUGUCAGAUUUUUUUAUUUUUUUUUUACAGUUGAAAUAAAAACGAUCGCAAAUCCA